GUGCUUCUUAUCCACAAAAUGAUUCUAUCUCCAAAUUGCAUCAUCAUUCAAUAAUAUUCACAAACUCACAGACUGUACAAAUUAUUACAGCCAAAUAUUAGAAUCAAUCAAAAACCCUCUCAAAAUCAAUUUUUUUUUCUCUGUCUUUUCAAAAUCAAAUCUUGAUUUCCCAUUUUGAGGAAAAUGGGUAAAGGAGGAAGUGAUGAAAACAUGGCUGCUUGGCUUCUUGGUGUUAACAAUCUCAAGAUUCAGCCUUUCAAUCUUCCUGUCUUGGGACCCCAUGAUGUUAGAGUCAGGAUGAAAGCUGUAGGUAUUUGUGGAAGUGAUGUUCACUACCUCAAGACCUUGAGGUGUGCGGAUUUUGUGGUUAAAGAACCAAUGGUGAUUGGACAUGAAUGUGCUGGGAUUAUAGAGGAAGCCGGCAGUGAAGUCAAGACAUUGGUUCCUGGUGAUCGUGUAGCAUUAGAGCCCGGAAUUAGUUGCUGGAGAUGUGAUCUUUGCAAAGAAGGCCGAUAUAAUCUCUGUCCCGAAAUGAAGUUCUUCGCUACUCCCCCUGUUCAUGGUUCUCUCGCAAAUCAGGUGGUCCAUCCUGCAGAUCUAUGUUUCAAGCUCCCUGAUAAUAUAAGUUUAGAGGAAGGAGCAAUGUGUGAGCCACUUAGUGUUGGUGUUCAUGCUUGUCGGCGUGCAAAUGUUGGACCCGAAACAAACAUAUUAGUGCUGGGAGCUGGACCAAUCGGGCUUGUCACAUUGCUUGCUGCUCGUGCUUUUGGUGCCCCGAGAAUUGUUAUUGUGGACGUAGAUGACUAUCGUCUUUCUGUUGCUAAUAAGUUAGGAGCAGAUGACAUCGUUAAGGUUUCAACUAAUAUUCAGGAUGUAGCUGCGGAUAUAGAAAACAUUCAGAAAGCGAUGGGAGGUGGAAUCGAUGUGAGUUUUGAUUGUGCUGGCUUUAACAAAACCAUGUCGACCGCCCUUGGUGCAACUCAGCCCGGAGGCAAAGUUUGCUUAGUCGGAAUGGGACAUCACGAGAUGACCGUUCCUCUCACUCCAGCUGCUGCAAGGGAGGUCGACGUCAUCGGCAUAUUUCGCUACAAGAAUACGUGGCCAUUGUGUCUUGAGUUCUUAAGAAGUGGAAAGAUUGAUGUGAAGCCUUUGAUAACACAUAGGUUUGGAUUCUCUCAAAAGGAAGUUGAAGAAGCUUUUGAAACUAGUGCUCGUGGUGGUGAUGCAAUUAAAGUCAUGUUUAAUCUGUAAAAACAAACAGAGAAAAUUUGUUACCAAAUAUUUGUGGAAUUUGAUAUCCAAGAUGUUUUAUGGUUAUAAAGAACUAUGUAUUAGUUGAAAAUGGUGAAAUAAAGGCUUGAGGUGCUCUUAA